CUUUCAUUUUCAUAAAUGGAUUUGUACCUGAUGAGCGAAAUGCCGGCGUUCUCGACUACGGUGGUUAUUUUGAUCCUGAUGAGCAUCUAUGGAGGAGGAGCUGCGCCGUGGGAGAGGGACAGAGUUGGAACGCUUCCUGGCCAGCCGGCUGCCGGUGAGCUCCCGUUCAGCCACUUCAGUGGCUACGUGGAACUACCGGCAGCGGGGACGAUGAUGCCGGCAAGGCAUAUCUUCUACUACUUUGUGGAGAACGAUAAUUCCUCCCAGCCCGCCGCAGAACCGCCGUUGGUUAUCUGGUUCGGUUCAGGACAAUUUUGCUCGCCAAUUGGUUACGGCGGGAUUUGGAAGUGGGCCCGUUUCGGGUCCAGUCCGACAUGACGCUCGUGCUGAACGAGAACUCGUGGCACAAAGAAGCGAAUAUCCUGUUCGUGGACCUGCCGACCGGUGUUGGCUUCUCCUACUCCGAGCGCAUAACAGCAGAGGUAAUAUCAGACGAGCAGGUAGCAAAAGAUGCCGUCGCUUUCCUCCACCGAUGGGCGGAGAAGUUCCCGCAACACCGCGAAGCAGAACUGUACCUUGGAGGAGAAGGCCACGGGGCACAUCACCCCGUCCGCUUGGCUGCGCAAAGUAUGCGAGACAAGGCGUUGCUUCCACCGGGGAUGCGACUCCGAGGCAUACUGCUUGGUGAUCCAGAGAUGGAUCUAGAGUCCACGUUCUUAGGAUUCGUGGAAUACCUGAGUGCAAAGGGCAUGAUGAGCCCGGCUAGCCGGCAGAAGGUGUUGACGACUUGCAUCUUCAACUCCACGGCAGACUGUGGGAUGGCAAUGCACCUGGAGGCGAUCGCCCUCGGCAUGGAAGUGUCAGCCGUCAUCGAGCCACUUUGUUCACCGAGCACUCACCCCACCUCCAAAUUCCUCUGGUUCGACCCAUGCUCGGUCAACUACCUCCAAGAGUACUUGAACCUGCCAACUGUUCAGACUGCUCUCCACGCAAACCAUUCACACCGUCUCCCGGGACCGUGGAAGAUUUGCAGCAAAAAUUUGAGGCAAGGGCAGCUUCCACCGGGAUCGGAUAAGCCCAACUGGAUCACCGACACCAUGAGGGAGCUGGCAGAAACCGGAGAGAAAUUGAAGAUUGCAAUCUACCAUGGCGAUGAAAACACCAGGCCUCCGGUGACGGCCACCAGGUACGGCCUCGGCAGAGUGUUUAAUCUCACAGAGCCGGCGGUGUUCGGGCCGUGGAAGGACAGCAACGGGGAGGUGGGGUGGGUGGGUACACGUCGGUGUAUCUAGGGAGGAAAAACAACGUUACCUUCUCCACCGUCCGCGGCUCCGGCGACCAUUCGGGCAGCUACCAGCCGGUGCGCGCUAUGGAUCUGUUCCGGAGGUUCCUCCGUGACCCUUGACCACCAGCUGCCUAAUUGCUAAUUAAGUGUGUGUUAUUGUUAAUUAUGAGUGACAAUUAUGUGUUCAGGAAGGAUCUAGAUGUUGGAAACACCAGAGAAGCCCAACAUAUAUGUAAUUCUAACUUUUGUUAAUUGCAUAUAAAAAUUCUGCUAUAUAUGUCCCUGAAUUAAAUUAAAUA